AUGCCAGCUCCCUCGCACCCCCAUGGCUCUCUGCACACCAGGACUGAGAGCAGGAAGAGGGGGUGCGGGGAGCGCCGCUUCGAGGAGGCCACGGCGGAAUCUCGCCGCCCGGAGAAGAAAGGGAGCCCCCGGGAGGAGGGGGGCGGCCCCGGCCCGCUCAGGCCCGCCCUGUCCGCCACGCCGCCCAUUGGCCCCCGCUCUGCUAUAUCUGGGCGCCCACCCGGCGAGAGGCCACUGCCGUCCCCACCGCCGCCUGCCCGCCCAGCGCGUCCGACCCCGACGUGCCCGCCGCCCACCCUCCGCGCUCCCGCGCUCCGUUCCGCCCAGGCCGCGCCCAGCUGGAAUGCAGAGAUCGCCGCUCGGCUACGGCGCACAGGACGAUCCGCCCGAGGGGGGCGGCCGGGGUCCCGGGAGACCUCACGCAGGGGCGCGCGCUGGCAUCGGCUGUCAGCCUGCCAGCUCUCCCGACGGCACCCAGCUGACCCGCGCCCGCGGCUCGCAGGCAAGGCGUGGAAGGAGCUGAGCCCGGCGGAGAAGCGGCCCUUCGUGGAGGAGGCGGAGCGGCUGCGCGUGCAGCACCUGCGCGACCACCCCAACUACAAGUACCGGCCGCGCCGCAAAAAGCAAGCGCGCAAGGCCCGGCGGCUGGAGCCCGGCCUCCUCCUCCCAGGCUUGGCGCCACCGCCGCCGCCGCCGCCUCCCGAGCCCUUUCCCGCGGCUACGGGCCCGGCCCGGGUCUUCCGCGAGCUGCCGUCGUUGGGCGCCGAGUUCGACGGUCUGGGGCUGCCCACACCGGAGCGCUCGCCGCUGGACGGCCUGGAACCCGGCGAGGCCGCCUUCUUCCCUCCGCCCGCGGCGCCGGAGGACUGCUCUCUGCGGGCCUUCCGUGCGCCCUACGGUUCAGCCGAGCUGCCCAGGAACCCAGGCGGCUGCUUCGGGGCGCCCCCGGCCGAGGCGCUUAGGACCGCGCCUGGCCCCGCCGCGCCGCUUUGCGGCCUCUACUACGGCGCCCCCGCGCCCGGCCCGGGCCCCUACCCCGGCCCUCUGUCGCCACCGCCCGAAGCCCCGCCCCUGGAGAACGCGGAGCCGCUGGGACCCGCCGCCGACCUAUGGGCCGACGUGGACCUGACCGAGUUCGACCAGUACCUCAACUGCAGCCGGACUCGCCCCGACGCCGCCGGGCUCCCGUACCACGUGGCGCUGGCCAAGCUGGCUCCACGCGCCAUGUCCUGCCCCGAGGAGAGCAGCUUGAUCGCCGCGCUGUCCGAUGCCAGCUCUGCUGUCUACUACAGCGCCUGCAUCUCUGGAUAGGUCGCCUGGGGCACUGUGCGAUGCCUCUCUCUCAGAGGUGGAGUUGCCGCUACUCGUCACAGACCCGCAGGAACCCGCGACGCUGGGCCUUGGCCAGGUCGAGGGCACCCCGACGGGAGGGUCACCACGUACUGGGGCUUGGCCGGGAAGCCCAGGCCUAGGACGUGUGGGCCGACCCUGCCGGGGCUAAGCUUAAUCCUUUUCUUGCAGUGUAUUUUCUAGAACUAGGCUGUUUUUUACUUUGCCUUUUUUAUAUUCAUAAAACAGUGUAUUUAAGUUUUAAUUAAACUUUUUCUCCCAAGGGGUUUCAGUGAUGCAAAGCACCAAUGUAGCAAGGGCUUUUUAAAUAACAUUUGUUUGCUGUAAAGGAGGAGCCAGGAGCUGGGUCCCCCUGGACCAGGCGAGGCCACAAUAAAGCACCUCACCUUUCCUCCGAA